AUGACGACCGAUAACCCCAACUUGCCGCGUCAGGGGAAAAUCGCAUUACGACAACCAACUAUUACCUAUGGAAUCAAGCCAACAAAGCUUAUUCUCAACUCUACAAACCCACUUUUAAAUUAUAAGGGCUGCUUCUACCGGAAAGAGAAAUUCGAUCCUGUUCUUGCCUACGACACCCUCAAGAGCCACAGAUGGAAUGUACAGUGGGUCACCAAAUACGGCCGCCACCAAAGGUCGCAUUAUCACGCCGAAUCCCAUGAGACGAUGGUAGUAUUAUCUGGUUCUGGUGUGAUUCGGUGGGGUGUUGCAGAUCUAAGCGACGAUGUGAAGGAGACCACCUACGGCGAUUCCUACGAAGGUGGCGGUAUCGAAAUGGAUGCCAAAGUUGGUGACGUUUUUGUAAUCCCGGCCGGUAUGGCACACAAAAGUUAUAAUCCUCGUUCAAAGAAUUAUGACUUCAGACGUUUGACUGGAGAGGCGCGUGUUAUUGAACCGAACGAGUUCAAGAAUACGGUAGAGCAUUUGCCGUCGACUGAGUUUAUCAUGUUAGGUGCGUAUCCUCAUGGGUCUACUUGGACAUGGGGUGGAGAGGGAGGGGAGCAUGAUGGUCAGUUUGAGUCUGUAUGGAAUGUUCCAAAACCAGAGUUUGAUCCUAUUCUUGGUGAUGAAGGUGGUACCUGCAAAUACUGGUAA